AUGAGCACAUCAGACUUCUGCAUGCGGCACCUCAACUGCUGCUUGGCAUCGUUGCGGCAACGAUAUUGGCCCCUUAAUGGACGAAAUUUAGCAAGACGUAUCACACACAGUUGCGUCAAUUGUUUUAAGGCUAAUCCAAAAACAACGCAACCUCAGAUGGGUGACUUACCAUCAGAUCGAGUACGCCCAUGUCGACCUUUCAGUAAUACUGGCACUGAUAUCAGCGGCCCAGUAUUUAUUAAAGCCUCAAAAAGACGAAACAGUCCUACAUCGAAGGGAUACAUAGUGAUAUUUGUAUGUCUUGCAACCAAAGCUGUACAUUUAGAAGUAGUAACAGACAUGACCAGUGAAGCAUUUAUAGCAGCAUUCAAGAGAUUUAUUUCACGACGAGGAAUUGUUACAAACAUGUACUCGGACAAUGGCACCAAUUUCGUAGGCGCAGAGAGAGAGCUUCGAGAGCUUCAAGAUCUGUUUACAAACGAAGAACAUCAGAGAAGAAUCGUCGAAGAAUCAACCGCUCACCUCAUUAAGUGGCACUUCAUUCCACCCCGAUCCCCUCAUUUCGGAGGCUUAUGGGAAGCUGCUGUUCGGUCAGUGAAACAUCAUUUGAAACGAGUUGUAGCCAACGCCUCACUCACCUUCGAGGAAUUUUACACUACUUUAACAAUGAUUGAAGCUUGCUUGAACUCUCGUCCUCUCACUCCCCUUUCCACUGACCCAAAUGACCUUUCACCAUUAACCCCUGGUCACUUUCUCACUGGUGAUGCUUUAACCGCAUUACCUGAACCGAACAUUUGUUACAUUCAAUUAAACAGGUUGUCACAUUGGCAGAGGACACAGCAGAUUGCGCAGCACUUUUGGACACGAUGGUCCAAAGAAUAUCUGUCUCUCUUACAACAACGGCCAAAGUGGAGAUCAGAAGCAGCCAACAUCCAGCUCAAUCAACUAGUUCUCCUGAAAGAAGACAACUUGCCCCCUCUCAAGUGGGUUACAGGUCGAGUGGUGGCGGUCCAUCCUGGAGCGGACAAUAGGAUCCGAGUCGCCACCGUAAAGACGUCGUCUGGCACCUUCAGGAGAGCAGUCAACAAGCUAUGUAUCCUCCCCCUAGAACCUAAUACAGUGCAAGAGUGUCGCCUAGAGGUGUGGAGUUCUUGUUCUCAGGGCGUGGGAGGCGACAGAGCUUUCACUCCCAUUGUUAGAGGUGGCCUUCCACGAACCAAGGGAUAUUCCCCCCAGGUUUAUGGUAGGGUCGCUUCAGGGCGGGAGGGGCUGGCCCUCACGCCUCGUGGGAGCAAGAAGGAACCUUUACCUGGGACAAGGGCCUAG